AUGAUAGCCCAAAUUCAGAGUCUUCAGUUUGAAGAAAUAGUACUGCAAGCAACAUGGAGGAAAAAGCUGAACAGGAAGCCACAGAGAAAUUUGAAAGACAACAAGUUGAAAAGCGAUCUGCAAAGGAGAACUGACGAACUUGAGGAACUUAAUUUGUUAGAGAAAUGUUUUGUUGAUGCAGAGAAGUGGAGAAAAGAGGUUAGAGUCCUUUCUAAAUGGUAUCAUUAUAUUGAGUGUGAUGGAACUCCUGAUCCUUGUGUAGCCCAGGAGAUUAACACUUUCGUUAGUUUAUGGAAAGAAAAGAGAAAUGAAGAUAUUGAUGAAGUGAUGAAAGAGAAUAAACUAGUGCUAAAUCUAAUUGAGAAACUGGAAUUAGUAUUAUUGGAUACUCCACCAUAUGAGCUGACAGAUGAACAAGUAGCACAGUACCAAGGAUCAAUCCUAGAACUUCGAGAACUUCUUCACCUGAAGUUCAAUGAAGCCACAGAAACUCUCCUUAAAGAAGCCAGUUCUUUAGUAGAUACUGACAGUGGAAAUAUGGAGAAGAUCAUUCAAGAUGAAAAUAUCGCUUUGUAUGUUUGGGCAAACCUCAAGAAGAAUCCAAAGUAUAAAAAGAUCAAAUUUGGUGACACAGAAGUUGGAUUUACAAUUCCAAAGUCACUAGCAACAAGUGAUAUUGCUAUCCGUAUCUUUCAUACUAAUUAUGAUCACAUUUCUCCACUACCUGUGAUUCCAAGACCAGAAAAACCAGAAAUUGUUGAAGCAAUUACUGAAGAUUCUGCAGAAAAAGAAACUCCUAAGGAUGAAGUUCCUCAGGCAGGCCCAGAGGAGGCAACUGAAAAUCAAGAAAUAGCAACUUCUUCGGUCCCUGAAAUGGAAAUAAAAGCUGAGGAAUCCACUAUUAAUUUAAAAAAGAGCACUACCUCAUUCAAAGAAGAAGCUGAAGCAAAAAAAGAGGAAACUGAAAUAAAACCAUUAAAGAGUGAAUCAGCCUUAGGAGGUCUAAUGGCAACAAUACCAGAGAAAGCAGUACCAGAAACUGUUACUGAUGAGGAUAUAGUUGAUUUAAAAGGAUUCACGCCACUGGGUGGAAUAUACCAUUUGAAUAUACUACAGCUUCCUCCACAGUGUAAACAAAUAAAAGGCUGGACCAUUGUGGAACUCAUCAGUGGAGGAUUACAGACUUUUGUGUAUCCUCCAGAGGUCACAGAUGAUUCUGUUGAAACAGAAAACCUUUACCCACCAAUUGAGAUCAUCAUUGAAAUGAAUAAAAAUGUGGUGUUUUUCGAGAAACCUAUGGUUGCCCGAUGGGAUUCAAAAGGCAAAGGUUGGCGAACUGAUGGCUUUGUCAGUCUCAAUUAUAACAUGAAGGAACGGAUCGUGUCAUUCGGUUUGGAAUCUGUUUAUCCUGUCACAUUGAUUCAAGAUAAUCACAUUCAUAUGCCAUAUGAGUCAUGGGAACUGAGACCAAUUAGUUCGAAUGAAAUAAUUUUAAAUAUUACUACAACAUUUACUGAUAUUGACAUACAAGUUAAGGAUAACCAGUGCAUGCUAGCUGCAGUUGAACUAGGUGAUAACUAUGAGCUCUCUCACUUGUUAGGAAAGUGGACGACUAUUACUUCUUUAAUAAUUGCCAUGAAAGAGACGGGAUUAAACAUCUUCCCAUCUGAGUACUCUCAUGCUUACGUUGCCGUGAAUAACAAGGAUCCAUUAGUAGAAAUGAAAUCUUAUCAACAAAUGGCCCUAUUGGCCUCUGCCUUUUCUUUCAGUUGGAGUAAGUGGAAUAAGUUAUCUGGUCCUGAAAAAGUUGUUUUUAAGGCGAGUGAACUUCUCAAAAAAGAUUACGUUGAAGAUCAUGAAUGGUCCCUUUAUAUGUUUAAUGGUGAAAGAGCACAAAAACUCAAGAUUAAUGAAUUGAGUGAGGAGUUCUCGGAAGAAUUACAAGAUGAUACUGAAUUUCAUUCCACUCUGUAUCACAUGAUCAAAGAUUUUACUAGUGAAGCAGCACUGCAGAGAAUCAGGAAUUCAAACUACCUAUUUACUGAUGCUGUAUGCAAACUUCUGCUCUCUGUUAGAGUGCUAACCUAUUCUUAAUGGGCACAGAUUGUUAAAAUACGGUGAAUCAAGUACAUUUGAAAAAAAAAUCAGGUAUCCAUUCAUCUAAAUAUU